AUGAUUCUGGUGACGGAAAUGAAAAAAUUGUGUGCUGAACAAAUAAGUCGAAGUAGAUUUUUUCUACCGUCAUUAGCUCCUGCUCUUGGUCUUGCAAGCACAUCGACCUAAAGGUGGUAGUUGAAGGUCAAUACUACUCCCCGGAAGACGCAAAACUAAUAGAGUUGGUCUUUAUCUAGAAGGGUCCGAAAACUGUUUAGAUCGACGACAUUCUAAGUGUUAGCGGGGAGAUAGGUGUGUAAUCCGGUUAAAUCUGGGGAAGACUGCUCUAUGCUUGGGCAGACCUCUAAUCAAAAUUAUUGAAUUCUAGGCCAAGCUGCUAGGAAACUUGCAAACGCACGAUGACGCUAUAGCGGCGGAAAGGCAGAAGGUGCAGGAUAUUCUUAGUCAGCGCAGAUCAGCUGCCAAGACGGCAAGGACGGCCCACGCCUUGAGUACAGCAAACCAACUCCUCACAAGACAAUCGGAAGUUGAGCAGGGGUGAGUCCGGUCAUCGAUCGCCCAAUUCCAAUUUCGUAAAACGCCAUCCUACUCACUACGAUUCAGUAAACUGUUUUUUUUGGCAAAUUCUAGACUGGAACAAGCGAAGGCUGACCUGGAGGAAAAGUUAAAGACACGCAUUCUCCUGCAGAAGCACAGCGGUGGCAGUAAAGGCGAUGCAAAAACCUCCAAAUACGAACAAGCUAAGACGCUUGAUACCGUAGCGUAAGAAAUAAUUUUUUUUGUUACUAACGACCUGCGCCCUAAUUCAGAGAACUCGCUCAGUUCGAGGAAGAUGUCGGUUGCCCAACGCUGGAGGAGGCCUAG